AUGCCAAAUCCAACCCAGGUGGUGGCUCUUCUCAAAGCUCAGCAAAUCCACCAUGUCAGGCUUUAUGAUGCAGACCGAGCCAUGCUACUCGCACUUGCCAAUACUGGAAUACGAGUUACUGUAUCUGUUCCCAACGAUCAGCUACUAGGCAUUGGGCAAUCGAAUGCAGCUGCAGCCAACUGGGUUUCUCGUAAUGUUCUUGCACAUGUUCCCGCCACGAACAUCACUGCCAUCGCUGUAGGAUCCGAAGUCCUAAGCACCCUUCCAAAUGCUGCUCCAAUCCUAGUUUCUGCCAUGAAAUACAUUCAUUCUUCCCUCAUAGCUUCAAAUCUUGACUCCCAAAUUAAAGUUUCUACCCCACAUCCUUCUUCUAUAAUCCUCGACUCGUUUCCACCCUCCCAAGCUUUUUUUAACCGCUCCUGGGACCCUGUUAUGGUCCCAUUACUCAAGUUUUUGCAGUCUACUGGAUCAUUUCUUAUGCUUAAUGUGUAUCCGUAUUAUGAUUACAUGCAGUCCAACGGUGUGAUUCCUUUGGAUUAUGCUCUAUUUCGUCCACUCUCUCCUAACAAGGAAGCUGUUGAUCCUAAUACACUUUUGCAUUACACAAAUGUCUUUGAUGCAGUCGUUGAUGCAGGAUACUUUGCAAUGUCCUAUUUGAAUUUCACUAACAUUCCCAUUGUUGUAACCGAAUCAGGUUGGCCUUCCAAGGGUGAUUCGUCUGAACAAGAUGCAACUCUUGACAACUCCAACACUUAUAACAGUAAACUUAUCAGACAGGUUUUUAACAACACGGGGACUCCCAAGCAUCCCGGGAUUGCAAUUAGUACAUACAUUUAUGAACUUUACAAUGAAGAUCUUAGGCCUGGGCCUAUUUCAGAGAAGAACUGGGGGCUUUUCAAUGCCAAUGGGGUGCCAAUUUAUAUCCUACGCUUGACUGGUUCUGGAACCGUGUUGGCAAAUGAUACUACAAAUCAAACAUUCUGUGUUGCAAGGGAAGGUGCUGACCGCAAAAUGUUACAAGCUGCCCUAGAUUGGGCUUGUGGACCCGGAAAAGUGGAUUGUUCUCCUCUGUUACAAGGGCAACCUUGCUAUGAACCAGAUACUGUAAUGGCACAUGCAUCAUAUGCUUUCGAUGCAUAUUAUCACUGGAUGGUUAUGGCUGAUGGAACCUGCAACUUCAAUGGGGUAGCCACCGUCACCACCUCAGAUCCAAGUCACGUUUCUUGCAUAUUUCCCGGAAGUGGUGGAAGAAAUGUAACCUUUACGAAUAGCACCUCCCCGGUUCCAUCCUCAAACUCUACCGCAUCUGGCUGUCAUUCGCGAUAUUUCAGUAGCAGUGAUGCUUUCGCGAGCUCUUUGUUUUGUUACUACUCCAAGGAGUGUAAGGUGUGGCGGUCAUUUAAGAAAGAGCUGUCUGGUUGCAGUAUGGCUUGUUACAGAAAUUGCACUUCGGGAGCUGCAGCCAACACUCUAAACACAACACUUCUGCACAAGCUGCCUCUGCGAGUUCUUGACCGGUAA